AUGGCAGCACAGAUACCAUCAAACGCGUCCAGUCCUCUAACAGAGGAUACUCAUCUGCUGUCUACCCAUCAUGUCGAAUACAAUCAGCGUAGCCCAGAUGUGGCACUGCAUCGUGUUCCCGCUUCGAUUGCCCGACGGCUCUACAUUUCCCAUUUCUUGUCGACUUGGAACUCCCGCGUCUUCGAGUUCGGCGCAGUCCUGUAUCUCGCCGCCGUCUUCCCGGGAACCUUGAUGCCCAUGUCGGUCUACGCUCUUGUUCGUGGCCUGUCUGCCAUUCUAUUUGCCCCAGCUAUUGGGCUCUACAUUGACAAUGGCAAUCGUCUCGAGGUCGUGCGCGUGUCGAUAGUGUACCAGAGACUUGUGGUUGCUGCGUCGUGUGCUGUGUUUUAUAUCUUGGCAGUUGGCCCGUCAGCUGGCUCCGCCGCAAGGCUUGGGAUGCUUGCUCUUGUAACGUUUUUUGCUUGCAUCGAGAAGCUUUGCUCUAUCAUGAACCUGGUCUCUGUGGAGAAAGAUUGGGUUGUCGUUGUCGCUGAAGAGGACCCAGAAGCACUCAGUAUCAUCAACGCUCAGAUGAGAAGAAUUGACUUGCUCUGUAAGCUAUUCGGCCCUCUUUUCAUCGCUCUACUGGACGGCUAUACUUCCCGGCUAGCCAUUAUUGUCAACUUUGGCAUGAACGCCGCAUCCAUCUUUGUUGAGUAUUUUGCUAUUGCACGGGUCUAUUAUGAUGUACCGCGGCUACAGGAAGCAAAGGUGUCCAAGCUGCCAACUAGUGGAUCAACAACCUUGCAACACGUCUCUAAAACCAACUGGACCGUCUUAACUACUCUUUUCAGCAGGUUCAAACAAGACUUUUCGUUAUAUUUCAAGCAUAAAGCGUUUCUCCCGUCCAUAGCCGGAGCCGUUUUGUAUCUUACUGUUUUGAGCUUUGCUGGCCAAAUGGUCACUUUUCUACUCUCGGUUGGCUACAACUCUACGCAAAUCGGAAUGGCGAGGACUUUGAGCGUCGUUUUCGAGGUCUUGGCCACCUGGGCUGCCCCUUGGUUGAUGGGUCGUAUCGGUCCCGUUCGAGCUGGUCUUUGGCUCAGUACCUGGCAGGUAUCUAUGCUCUUAGCAGGAAUUGCCGUGUUUUGGACAUGUGAGCAAAACCCUCUUCUCUCAGCCGGGGGUUUGGUUGGCGGAACCAUUUUAAGCAGGCUGGGACUUCGUGGCUUUGAUCUUUGCGUUCAAUUCAUAGUUCAAGAGAACGUUGAGGCAGAGAGUCGCGGCGCAUUCUCUUCCGUGGAGGCGGCUUGGCAAAAUGCUUUUGAGCUCAUCGCCUAUGCAACGACGAUCAUCUGGCCCAAGCCCAGCCAGUUCAAGUGGCCAUCACUAGUCUCACUGAUUGCUGUUGCGUCAGCAAGCUCUGCCUACACAUUCUACGUCUAUCUCUGCAGGAAGCAUUUGCUACAUCUAGAAGUCGUGACGAGUUUCCUACGGAGAAAGAAGAGCUAA